CUGGCCGAUGUGAUACGGGCUCGGUGUGAGCAGCUCGCGCUCAGGCUCGGAGCAGGACUCGUGUGUACGUGGAACUCUUGUGCGCCUGCUGCUUGUUUCCUUGGGUCUGUUUUAACGCAUUGAGUCAAUCUUCCUCUUGAGCACAUCCGUAGGUAGACUUGAUACGUGACCGACGAUGCUAGAGACAUUCACAGCAAAACCAAGACAGUCAUUUCGCGAUUGUUUUGCAUUUUUCUUCGAAUCCUCGGAAGAGACGCAGGGAUUCAUCUGAAGUGAGCGCAGUCUCGACGGAUUACUGUGUUUGUGUUUUGUGGGAAAUAUCGCUGGUGGCUGCUAAUGUUGCUCCGCUUCACUGUGCAAGCAAAGCAGCUACGAAGCUACGCCAGACAGUGGAGGACUUUUUAUUGAAUACGAGACUUUGCUGUUACUUGAACUGCUCUCUGAGGAGACCUAUCGAGACUUGACAUCCACUCUGCUCCACCAUGCGCCUGUCUUCUUUCCUGGCUGUUUUCCGGCCUGCUCUGCCUCUCAUCCUGGGCCUCUCUUUGGGCUGCAGCCUCAGCCUCCUGAUGGUGUCCUGGACGCAGGGGGAGACCGAUGAAGCUUGUGGAGAUGAACUGGGCAAUGGGAGACUCAUACACAGUGGUCAUAUCAGGGAUGUCCCGGAUGGUCAAGGUGGGGAUGGCAAUGAGGACUUCCAGCCUCGCAUUGUGCCCUAUCACAAGGACCCCAACAAACCACACAAGAAAGUCCUUAGGACGCGCUACAUCCACACCGAGCUGGGCAUCCGAGAACGCCUUCUGGUGGGUAUCCUGAGCUCACGCGCCACUCUCAACACACUAGGGGUGGCUGUCAAUAAAACGGUAGCUCACCGUUUCCACCGUACCUUCUUUUUCACUGGCCUUCGAAGCACAAAGGCACCGCAUGGCAUGGCUGUUGUUGCUCAUGGUGAUGACCGACCCGUCUGGCUGAUGUAUGAAACUAUACGCCACCUCCACCAACACCACGGCAAUGAGUAUGACUGGUUUUACCUUGCACAAGAUGAUACAUACACACAAGCUGAAAGGGUCAUAGAGCUGGUUAAUCAUCUUAGUGCGGGGCAGGAUAUGUAUAUGGGACGGGCAGAGGAGUUUAUCGGGGGUGAAGAACGUGCCCGAUAUUGCCAUGGUGGAUAUGGGUAUCUGCUGUCACGUAGCCUGCUAGCUCGACUGCAGCCCCACCUAGACUCUUGUCGAAAUGAUAUCCUCAGUGUCAGGCCAGACGAGUGGCUUGGUCGCUGCAUCAUCGAUUACCUGGGUCUCAGCUGUGUGGAGAAGCAUCAGGAGAUGACAUACCGUUACUUUGAGCUGCAGAAGAACGUGGACCCUGAGCGCGAGGACGGUGCACAGUUUAAGAACGCCUUCACUGUCCAUCCAGUCUCUGAACCUGCCCUAAUGUAUCGCCUACACAAACGCUAUAACCAGAUUGAACUGGACUGGACCUAUACACAAAUACAGCAGUUACAGAACCAGAUCAAUAACAUAAGUGAGCUCACUCCAGAGGGCAUAGCUGGAGCCACCUGGCCCAUUGGAAUCAACCCACCUUUCCGACCCAAAACCCGCUUUGAGGUGAUCAACUGGGAAUACUUCACCGAAGAGCACAUUUAUUCUUGUGCCGACAGCUCUCCAAAGUGUGAGCUUCGAGGUGCAGACAGGGCAGACGUCAAUUCAGUUCUGGAGACGGCAGUGGGCCGUCUUAACGAACGCUAUCAGCCUCAGUUGCGCUUCCGUAAGCGGCGUCUGCUGAAUGGGUACCGGCGCUUCGAUCCCACACGAGGCAUGGAGUACGUGCUGGAUUUGGCCCUGGAAGCUUUUACACAGAAAGGUCACAGUCAGGUCAUCGCCAAACGGGUGAGUCUGCUGAAACCACUCAGUGCUGUCGAGAUCAUCCCAAUGCCAUAUGUAACAGAAGCGACACGGGUACAGGUGAUCCUCCCUGUGACGGCACACGAUCAAGACUUUGUGGGUAACUUCCUUGACAUGUAUGUCAUGAAUGCUCUGGAUACCCAUGACAAUGCUCUUCUCACCUUCUUGUUUGUGUAUGACCCCUUUGAUGCCCAAAGAGUCAGCCAGACGGACGUCUUUGCAGGUGUCAAAGCCAUGAUUGGUGAAGUAGAGAAACGUUACGGUGAUGUAAAGAUUCCUUGGAUUAGUGUCAAGACUGAAGUUCCCUCACAGGUCAAGCUGAUGGACAUUAUCUCCAAGAAGCACCCAGUAGACACCCUGUUCUUCCUGGCCAGCGUUUGGACCGAGGUCAACGCUGACUUCCUUAAUCGCUGCCGUAUGAAUGCUAUCAGCAAUUGGCAGGUCUUCUUCCCAAUCCACUUUCAAGAGUACAGUCCUGCUCUGGUCUACCGCGACCAACAGCCUUCCGCCGCUUCAUCAUUUGCGUCCGAGUCAUUGCGUGAUGGCCACUUUGACCGCCACGUCUUUGAAGAAGCCUGCUUCUACAAUGCAGAUUAUAUGGCUGCCCGCACAAAAAUGGCGGCUGACAUCUUGGACAAUGACGAGUUGCUUGAGAGCAUGGACGUCUACGAGAUUUUUGUGCGUUAUUCGGGGCUGCAUGUGUUUCGGGCUGUCGAGCCAGCGCUAGUUCAGAAGUAUGUGCAUAGAGAAUGUAACCCGCGGUUCAGUGAGGACAUCUAUCACCGCUGUGUGCUCAGUAACCUCGAGGGGCUGGCCUCUCGAUCACACCUAGCGAUGGCUCUGUUUGAACAGGAGCAGGCUAACAGCACCUGAACCGACUACUACUGCAACCCUAAGAUGGCUUAAACGUCUUGAUUCUCAUUUAGGUGGCCUUAAAUAACCUACUGAUAUUGACCGAGUGAAUUUCACCCUGAUGCUGUGAACUUCUCUGCACAGAUCAUCCAGUCAUCUCAGUUCAGCCUAACAUGGUGAAGUUGCCUUGUUAAAACUUACUUUCUUUUGUGGAACUCAGAAGACAUUUUGAAGAAUGUUUUGUUUUUGUCUAUAAAAUGAAUGUCAAAGGUGACCAGUUUUCUUUGUUGUAUUCUGCAGAAGAAAGAAAUUCAGGUUUGAAUUGACUAGAAGAUCAGUAAAUAAUGACAGAUUUUCCAUUUUUUGGGUCCCUUUAAGGAUAUACAUAAAAUGAAUGAAUAUGACUUUAACCAGAGAACAACAUUCACAGUAUCUUCAUAACUUAUUUUAAAUAAAACUUGAGGAAUGCAUUUCACCUUGUUUACAUUAAUAUGCAGGAACCUGACGUUAGCAAUGGAAACGCAUAAGGACCGCAUUCAUCUUUUACUAUAUGAACAUGUCAGACUUUAGGUGGCUAGCAGAGGUCUCAGCUACACAAGUAACUUGAGCCAUCUUUCUUCCUCCAGAUAUAUGAUUGUAUGACGUUUGAACAGAAUGUGCUGAAUAUUUCAGGACUGAAUAAACAAAUAAUCUGUGAAACCUGAUUAUGAAUCAUUACUAUGAUGCACCCAAUUUUAUAUAUAUAUAUAAAAUAUUUAAGCAACACUGGUUAGAGGGUUAAUCCUUGGUUACAAAUUCCACAUUUUUGCCUACUCAUGUGGUCUCUUGUUUGACUUCAGUGUCACUGAACACCAUUGGUUCUCACAUGUAACUAAAAGUGACAUUCCAAAUUUAAAUAUAAGCGCCUGCGAACCAGACCUUUAGAGAUUGUUGUACAAAGAGUGCCUAUACUCUUGAAAAACAGACUGGGGGAAAUGAACACGUUUUACUUAACUAGCUUGGUCUGGUUCACAACAAUCUGCACAUUUUCAGUCCCUUCCACUUUUUCAACUGAUUUUUAGCUGAUGAGAGAUGAAAUUCAAUACACACUAAUGUUUAGAGGGGCCUGAGGCAUUGACGUGAAAUGGUGCCUUUCGUCUUCUUCCACAGGGAGCAGAGGUUAAUACAGUACAUUCUCCAUCCGACUAGAUGUUUCUCCGCUCUGCUAUUUUCAUGUAUUUCAGACAACAGAGGCAAGCCCUGUGGAUUUUGCCAGGUCAAGAGUAGAGAGGUAGUGAAUGGUUCUUUCAAAGCGGA